AUGGUGAACAAAAGACACACUGCGCAUGAGCCCCAACCUUCAACUCCUGCAUCGAAGGCCAUUGAGCCAUUGCCCACGCGAUCUCGGUGGUCCGAAUGGGCUCUUCACAACUCGGGGCUGUACUACUACCGAGCUCGAUAUAUCUCAUUCGAGGACAUCUCAUCAAUACCGCCCACCGGGAGGAAUUCGAUUGUGCCGAAUGUCCAAGGCGGAUACAUCCAUUACCAAUCUAUGGGUGUCAAUGAAGCGACCAGUCAAGGGUCCAGUCAAGCUCCAGAGUUAUCAACAUGCUCUACCGUGACAACACCAACAGCCAGUGAUCCUCCGGCCUCUACACAAGAAGUGUAUGGCCAGCAAAAUGAUCAACUUGUCGUGUCAACAAAGACAACCGAGGAUAGCAUGCUGAUGAGUGGAGCGCUGCAACCAGAGGCAGACACUACAGAAACUGUCGUAGUGAUAUCGAAUUCCAAUGCACUAAAGCGGAAAUCAACUACAUCCAAGAAACAGAAGGAGAAGAAGAAGCAUGGAAAGAAGUUGGACGUGGACAAGAGAAAGCAAGUCAGCAAUAAGGCGAAAGUGAAUAAGUGCUCAGCCUCGGCCUGUUUACACGCGACAACACGAAAUCGACCCGCAACCGCAACCAUGACUUCUACUAUCGGUAUUCCUAUUAAGCUCCUGAAUGAGGCGCAGGUCCCUGAGGACAACAUGAACGUCCAACUGAAGGACAUUACCGUCACCGCUCGCGACGGCCGUGUUUCCCAUCUCGACCAAGUUUACAUUCGCGGCUCACACGUGCGCUUCUUCAUCGUUCCCGACAUGCUUCGCAACGCCCCUAUGUUCCGUAGCCGUAACGUACGUGGCCGUGGUGUCGGUCUUGCCAGAGGUCGCGCAACGGUCAGCCGAGCGCGAGCAGGCGGACGAGGAGGAGGACGAUAA